AUCCGCCUUGGUUUUGUAUUAUACGUCAAUGGUAUUAGUGAGUGGAAAAAGAAGUUAUUCAAGUAGUUCCUCCGUUAAAAAAUUACAAUUUUUCUGCAGUCAAUGUAUAUCAACGCUUCCAUAAGUAUUAUGGUCAGAACUUAAUAAGUGUUAUAGAGACACUUUUUAACAUCCGACUCAUCGGCCCGUCCGUGCCGGCCGAAGCCUACCGUAGGACCGUGGGUAUUUAGCCGCAUCAGAUUCUGAUUUCAUUCAAGAAUUUUAUCAACCAAACCUUCCUUCCGCAGCAAGUUGUCAUCUUGCUUGUGAACAAAUAGGUGAACAUUCCUCUGCUGCCACCAUGUCAUCAUCCGCUUUUAAAAGUUUUUUGCACAGUUGGUGCAUUAAACAGAACAAAGGAGAUCCAAAUUUUGAUACUCGACAAACAGGACCAAAGCAUCGUUUAAGAUUUUUGUGUGAAGUCAGGGUGGAUGGAUUUCCGUAUGUUGGAGUUGGUAAUUCCAGCAAUAAAAAAGAUGCCAUGAUGAACAGUGCAAAAGAUUUUGUACAGUAUCUUUUGCGUCAGAAUCACAUUUCUGCUGCUGAUCUUCCAGCCGAGGCUGCUGCUGGUUUGCCUGGUGUCGGAGGUGGAUCCUCAGAUCAUGGGAGCGGUUUUGGUAAUAAUGAAGGAGGAGGUGGUAUGUCUCUCGGUCUCUCGUCUCGUCCUGUUUUCCAGCCUGGUUCUGGUCCUAGCAGCUUUGGAGAAGCCUAUAGACCUGUGGCACAAGAAGGGCGUGAAUCAAGAACUUAUUUUGAUGUUAUGGCUGAUCAGAAGAAGGUUGAGGAGGCUGAAGAUCUGGAUGUGAAUGCUGGGAUCCAUGGAAACUGGACUAUCGAAAAUGCAAAGUCCAAGCUCCACAUGUUCAUGAAUCAAAACAAGAUUAAAAGUGACUACAAGUACUCAGUUGUUGGUGCUCCUCACAAUUUGAGUUUUUCUUGCGAGAUGUCCAUUUAUGUGAGACAGCUUAAUCGAACGAUCACCGGCCGUGAAACUGGGUCUAACAAACAGACAGCUUCAAAGAAUGUGGCAUUAUCAAUUGUCCGCCAGUUGUAUCACUUGGGAGUCAUUGAAGCUUUCAGUGGCUCAAUCAAACCUAAAACAGCAACUCAAAUGGCACCGUUUGAAGUCCGACUUGCCCCUGAACUUGAGCGAGAAGUUUUUGAUGUUCUCGAUGCUCUUGAAAUCAAGCCCAAUCCCAUUAAGCAGGAAUCAAAUGAACCUGUCUCCCUUGUCUCUGAUUGUGUCCUCGAAGAAUUUGUUGCAACCAAACCACAACCUGCAGGAGUUGUUUCAUGGAGUCCUCCACAGCCAAACUGGAACCCAUGGCUGGGUUGUAAUAUUGAUGAAGGACCAUUGGCACAUGCCUCAAUGGAUCAGAUCAGUGAAGAUCUGUCAGUGGCAUUGAAAGAUAAAAUGCAAAAUGAUCAAAACUUACAACGCAUGUUGGAAUCAAGAAGCAAAUUGCCAAUUCACAAUUUCAGAACUAAAUUGAUGGAUGCAAUCAAUGAUAAUCCUGUCGUCAUCAUUCAAGGAAACACUGGUUGUGGAAAAACCACUCAAGUCUGUCAGUUCAUUCUAGACGAUUACAUUCUGUCCGGUCAAGGCGCCUAUUGUAAUAUUGUGGUUACUCAACCGCGUCGUAUUUCCGCCAUUUCUGUCGCAGAUAGAGUGGCAAAUGAAAGGGGAGAAGAGCUUGGAGUCAGCUCUGGUUACAGCGUCAGAUUUGAGUCUUGCUUGCCUCGUCCAUAUGGAGGUGUUAUGUUUUGCACUGUUGGAGUGCUCUUACGGAAACUGGAAGGUGGUCUUCGAGGAGUAUCACAUGUCAUCAUCGAUGAAAUCCAUGAAAGAGAUGUCAACUCAGACUUCAUAUUAGUCAUCCUAAGAGAUAUGAUCCAUACCUAUCCUGACAUGCGUGUUAUUCUUAUGUCUGCAACAAUUGAUACAACACUUUUCAGUGACUACUUCAACAACUGUCCUGUUAUUGAAGUUCCCGGCAGAACCUUCCCAGUCAAAGAAUUUUGGCUGGAAGAUUGCGUAGAGGAAUUAAAAUUUGUGCCUCCGCCAGAUACAAGAAAGAACAAAAAUAAGAAAAAAGACAAAGAUGAUGAAACUGCUCCUGCUGACCCAGAAGAUGAGAAGCUAAAUAAACUUGUUUCUAAUGAGUAUUCGGUAGAAACUCAGCGAUCAAUUGCCAAAAUGAGUGAGCGGGAGUUCAGCUUUGAGCUGAUUGAGGCAUUGCUGAAGUACAUUAAAAAUAUGAAUAUCGAUGGAGCAGUUUUGGUAUUUAUGCCUGGUUGGAAUGUUAUCUUUGCUUUGAUGAGACAUUUACUUCAACAUCCUCUUUUUGUCAAUAUUGACAAGGGAUUACCUUUUGACUAUCCUAAUUACAUCGCCCGGAAUCUUGAAGCGAGAUACUUUAACCUUUUUCCAUGGGUUCCAAGACCUCUGGAACUUGAAAUAAAGUCUGCUCUCUCCCAGUUUUCUUUUGUCGACCAUUUUAAAACACGAAUAUACCAGAUAUCUUCAGCUUUAGCUCAGAUUGAGCUGUCUCACUUCACAAUAAAAAAAGGUUUAGAUGUAUUUAAUACUGAUCUGAUGAGUGCUACUCAACAAAUGUACAAGUUAAUUGUACCAAAGAUUGAUGGUGGGCAGCAGUAUCGCGUUUUACCUUUGCAUUCUCAGCUUCCAAGAGAAGAUCAGCGGCGUGUAUUUGAACCUGUCCCUCCCAACGUCACUAAGAUAAUUCUCUCAACAAACAUUGCUGAAACUUCCAUAACGAUUGACGAUGUCGUGUUUGUAGUUGAUCUUUGCAAAUCAAAAAUGAAACUCUUCACAUCACACAAUAAUAUGACAACAUAUACAACUGUUUGGGCCUCAAAAACAAACUUGGAACAAAGGAAAGGCCGCGCUGGUCGGGUGAGGCCUGGAUACUGUUUUCAUCUGUGCACCAAGGCUCGUUAUGAAAAUUUGCCCAACCACAUGACUCCUGAAAUGUUCAGGACUCCACUUCACGAACUUGCUCUGUCAAUUAAACUGCUACGCCUCGGCGGUAUUGGACAUUUCCUCUCCAAGGCUAUUGAGCCCCCACCAAUCGAUGCUGUGAUUGAAGCUGAAGUCCUGUUAAGAGAAAUGAAAUGUUUGGACAAGAAUGAUGAGCUCACGCCACUUGGUCGUAUCCUCGCUAAGCUACCAUUAGACCCUCGUCUUGGGAAAAUGUUAAUCUUGGGAUCCAUUUUCUUCAUUGGUGAUGCCGCAACGACAAUAGCUGCUAGUUCCUCCAAUAUGUUAGACAUUUUUGAAGUCGAGCGAUAUUUAUCAUUCCAACAAAGAAAUAUGGCAGGAAAUCGAUACUCUGAUCAUGUGGCCAGAUUAAAUGCAUUCCAACAGUGGGACAACGUACGUAACCGUCAUGGACCAACUGCAGAAGAAGGUUUUUGUGAACGCAAGCAGCUCUCUCUACCCAGUUUGCGAAUAAUGUCUGAAGCUAAGAAUCAGUUACGAGACUUGAUGAUCAACAUUGGAUUCCCAGAAGAAUCAUUCCUUCCAGAUCAUUAUGAUGUUUCUGGCGCAGAUCCGAAACUUGACAUGUUAAUUGCCCUCCUUUGUGUUGGACUCUACCCCAAUGUAUGUUUCCACAAAGAAAAAAGGAAAGUACUGACAACUGAAUCAAAGGAUGCCCUGAUGCACAAAACGUCUGUCAACUUCAGCAAACAAGAUAUCAAGUUUCCAUCACCCUUUUUCAUCUUUGAGGAAAAGAUUCGCACAAAAUGUGUCUCCUGCAAACAAACAUCAAUGGUAACACCCAUUCACUUACUCCUGUUUGGGUCUCGAAAAGUAGAAUAUAUUGAAAACACAAUUCGCCUGGAUAACUGGAUCAACCUAAAUAUCAAUCCAGAGAUUGCUGCAGCACUUGUUGCUCUUCGACCAGCCAUUGAAAGUUUAGUUGUACGAGCAUCCAAAGAACCUGAGUCUUUUGCAGAAGUCGGACCAUUGGAUGAGAAAGUCCUCAGUUUAGUGCGCAAUCUGUGCAAAGUUGACGCAGGCAGUUUUGGAAUUGACCAAGCAGGACUCACAGGUUUCCAACCAUUCAGGCAUCAGCAAAGAGAUGGAGCGCAUCUAGGAGAUGGUGGCCCUGCACAGAAAAUGAUGAAAUCUGAAGGAGAAGGUGGCAGUGGAUUUGGCGGAGGUGGCAGUGGAUUUGGUGGAGGUGGCAGAGGAUUCGGUGGAGGAUUCCGACGAGGAGGUUAUGGAGGUGGAUAUGGUGGUUAUGGAGGUCGUGGACGUGGUCGAGGUGGCGGCGGCUGGGGCAGCAGAGGUGGUUUCCGGAAUGGAGGAGGCUAUUAAUGUAUCUUCCUUGAAGCUGAUUCUCACAAAACUUUCUAAGAUUUCUCACCUUUUCAACAGCCUUUCUUAAGAAAGAUGCAGUUUAUUUUAUCACAUUUUAUGAUUAAUGUUCACACUUAUUAUUAAGUACAUUUAUUACUGUUUUUAAAACAGAAAGAAAGAAGGAACUUUUAUGACUGUUGGGUCCAAGUGAGAUCUUUCGUGAAUGAGGAAUAGUCUUUAUUGAAAUGGAUUGUGGUUAAGCUGACUGAUAGACAGGUUUCCCGGAGCAGAAGUGUAUGCACUCUUUAGAUAUGAAGAGGGUGAAUAUAUGUAUUAUUAUGUCAUCUUUGACACCUAUCUUUUUUUUAAUCCAGAGAAACUGGUGACUUGUAUGAUCUAAAGUGACAGCUGGUUUGAAACUAGGUACAUCAAAUUUGAUAUAUUUUACUAUUGCGAGUGCUGAUUAUGAAUAUGACUGACGUAAACCCAACGAUUAUAAAUUCCUGUAUCAAUUAAGAUGUGUCAGUAAUUUUUUUAUUUUAUCUUUGUGCUAGUUCGUAAUCAGUAUUCUUGUCUAAAUAAAGUAGUGAUGUUUUUUAAGUGGUGAAA